AUACAACCAAAAAACAAAUCUGCGAUUACGGUUUUGUAAUUCUGUAUCAACAACCAAACCUGUCCGUUUCUUGAAGGGGGGGGUUUUGUAGGGUUUCAUUUUCUUCCAGCAAAGCCCCUCUCAAAAAUAGAGAGACAUAAUAUAUAGCGAGAGAAAAAGAAAAUGGGUUCUCUGAGAAAUGAAGCAGAGAUGGGUCGACACAGAGACGAAGAAGAAGAGCCUAUUUUGUCGAAGAAAUCUCAGAGAUUAUGCAUGUUUCCUGUCACAUAUCCGCAAGUCUGGGAGAUGUAUAAGAAGGCCGAAGCGAGCUUUUGGACAGCUGAGGAGGUUGAUCUCUCCCAGGACGUGCAGCAGUGGAACGCUUUGUCAGACUCGGAGAAACAUUUUAUAAGUCAUGUACUUGCAUUUUUUGCUGCAUCUGAUGGGAUUGUUUUGGAGAAUUUGGCUGCACGGUUUUUAAAUGAUGUACAAAUUCCAGAGGCGCGGGCAUUUUAUGGCUUCCAAAUUGCAAUGGAGAAUAUACAUUCUGAGAUGUACAGCUUGCUUCUGGAGACUUACAUCAAGGACUCACAGGAGAAACACAGAUUAUUCAAUGCAAUUGAUAACAUUCCUUGUGUUGCUGAAAAGGCCAAGUGGGCUUUAGAUUGGAUUCAAAGCUCCACCUCAUUUGCAGAAAGACUUGUUGCCUUUGCAUGUGUUGAAGGAAUUUUUUUCUCAGGAAGUUUCUGUGCCAUUUUUUGGCUUAAAAAGAGGGGACUGAUGCCAGGCUUGACAUUCUCAAAUGAGCUUAUUUCUAGAGAUGAGGGUCUCCACUGUGACUUUGCUUGCCUUCUGUACAGGUUAUUACGGAAGCAACUACAAUGGCAACGAGUUCAUCACAUUGUGCACCAAGCUGUUGAAAUUGAGACUCAAUUUGUUUGUGAAGCUCUCCCAUGUGCCUUGAUUGGCAUGAACUCAGCACUCAUGAGCCAAUAUAUAAAGUUUGUCGCUGACCGCCUUCUGGUUGAGUUAGGGUGCCAGAUGAAGUACAACGUGGAAAAUCCCUUCGAUUGGAUGGAGUUCAUUUCCUUGCAAGGAAAAGCUAACUUCUUUGAGAGAAGGGUGGGUGAUUAUCAGAAAGCUUCUGUCAUGUCGUGCAUACAAGAUGGUGAGAAAAAUUUUGUCUUCAAACUGGACGAGGACUUCUAAUCAUCAAAUUCGUUUUGGUUUCACGGCACACAAAUUUUGCUGCUAUAAUUUUGUUUAGAGUAAACAACAUUUACUCGAUCCAAAAGCAUCAGUUCAUUGUCUCAGGUGUCAGUCCCCCCGAAAAAAAACUUAAAUUGUCUAAUUCAGAAGUUUAUUAUAUAUUAAUAUUGGCCGUCCAUGUAUAUUCUAUACACUUUCUUUGGAUGUACCAUUGUUUCUUUUCUGUGGCUUUUAGUGUUUGUCUUGUAAUUGGAAAGGCAUUUUUACCACUUGAGGUGCGAUGAAUCUAUCAUAUUUACUUUUCACUUCA